AUGGAGAAGCAAGCUGUAGUGUUGGAGAAGAAGUCAUGUUUGACAGGCAUGAAACAACGAUUUAACGAAGAACUGUCCAAAACUCGAGUUAUUACUGGCAGAAACAGUUUUUUCUUAACUGACACUGAUAACCAGAAGUUAAUAAAUGAUGUACAAAAAGCCAAAGUGAUUAUUAAGAAGGAACCAGAGGACUUUGAGUUGCUGAAACGCUAUUAUGUGGUAUUCGUUAACGAGAAAAUUAAACUCAUUUAUCCUAGUAAAGAAGAUUCCCAUGUUCUACAGUAUUACAUUGCAGACUCAGAGUUAUUUAACGUACUUCAUGAAACUCAUAUCAAUAUUGGACACGAAGGAAGUGAUAGAAUGAUGAAAGAACUUUCAUCCAAAUACAAAAACGUUACACGUAAAGAUAUUGAACUGUACAUCAACCUUUGUGAAUGUAUCCAGAAAAAACGGAAAUCUAUUAAAAAAGGCAUUGUUGUGAAUCCUCUGAUUAGUUCCGAGUAUAAUUCUCGUUGUCAGGUAGAUCUUAUUGAUUUUCAAUCUCAACCAGAUAGAGAAUACAAAUUUAUUAUGGUGUACCAAGAUCAUCUCACAAAAUUUAUGAUUUUUGGGUCUCUUAUGUCAAAAAAAGCUGAAGAAGUAGCCAAGAACCUACUCGACAUAUUCGUUAUGUUUGGAGCGCCAUCAAUAUUACAGUCUGGCAAUGGUAGAGAAUUUGCCAAUAAUAUAGCGUCUAGUUUGAAGGAGUUGUGGCCAGCAUUGAAGAUCGUCCAUGGGAAGCCUCGGCAUUCACAAAACCAGGGUAGUGUCGAAAGAGCUAAUCAAGAUUUCGAAGAUAUGCUCUGUACUUGGAUGCAGGACAACCUUAGUGCUUUUUGGCACUAA